CAUCGCGAUGGUUACGCUGCGUUCACGGAGACCGCGUGAUAACACAACAGUUUAAUGUCAACACGCACCUUAUCAGUGGAUUUAUGAGUUCGAAAACCUCGGUAACAGCCGCUGCUAACACGCUGACGACGACCACGAUAUGCCGACCAAGUAUUAUUCUGUGUACAGUCACCGGUACAUGAUCAGCAGGAAUUUCACUAGAAAAUAUAAGAGAAAGGACACGUUGGGACUGUUGCCGGUUGUACGUGACUUGAGAAACGGGGCCGGCAAUAGCGUAAGUGAUCAUAGUAACAACAGAACGAGAAAGGACGAUUCGCUUUGCGACAUCCUGUCGAGUCCGUCAUUCCGAUUCGUUAUCUGCUUGAUCAUCGUAAUGGUUGUCUUACUAUACAAGUCGGUUUACAUGGAUUAUUUUCACCUGAAGAAUGAAAAAUCUUCCAUAACAACUAUGAAGACUUCAUGGAACUCUACUAAAAUGUUAUACGGAUAUGACAACGGAAAACCAACAAUUGAAGUAAUUGAAAUUCUACCAAAUUGUGGAUUACAAACCAUUUGCUCGGACAAUGCUUUUCCAAUUCAUAUAUAUACAGGAAAAAACAAGACUGACUUUCCAAGAUUAUGUAUUAUGGGCAAAUACGUUAUGUCAUUCAACCGAACUGCAGGUGGUCGUGGUAUCAACGUAGCUGUAAUAGAGUCAACUACAUAUACUAUCAUGGAUGUUAAAAACUUUGAUACGUAUGAGUAUAAUAGUUCCAAUUUAGACGAAUGGCUUGAUCAUAUGGUUAAAGUUGGGGAUGUAGUAAUAUUUUUUACAUUCGAUGAGGCAUCUAAAAAGUUAACAAAAAACACAAGAAAUGUCUUAUAUAAUAUGGGGAGUGGGAAAAUUCAAGAUUUGUGGUACAGGUGUCAAUGGUACAUGGUGACACAAAAAGGAAUUCAAGGCAUCACGCCGUAUGAAAAAAUUACAUACUCUCAUAAGAACAAUUGGGCAAAUGUAUUAGAUGAAAAAUUAUGUGUUCCAUUUCAAAUAACAGGAAAUCCAAUUGUAUCUGAUGAUUUAUCUAAUCAACAAUUGUCGUUUUGUAAUAACACGUUUGACGAGUAUACAAUGUAUUGCAAUGAAAGUAAUGAACAUCCUGGAAGCGUUAAUUACGGUUACUCGAGAAGUGAGUCCCAAGAAAGUCAUCGAACAACAACUAGUCGAUUGCUUGAUCAAACGGAAUAAAUGGGGUAAUCGCCACCGCGAUGUUGUAAUAUAUUAUAAUCAAUAUAAUAUGUUAUUGAUACCAGUAGCGAAUCUGUAAGUUGUCUAAGGGGGUAGAAAAUUAAUUGUUUAUACGAUGUUUAUUUUUAUUGAUAUAUUAUAUUUAUGAGAGAUUUUUAAUAUGUGAAAUUCUACUGUCGACAAAUAUGUCUAGUUCAUAAUAAUACGUAUAUUGUUACCAUAAAAUAAAUUAUAGAAUUUCAGAACUAUGUAAACUAUGCAGCUCCUUCCCGUAUCCGCAAUAGAUCGAUAAAAUGCGUUUUAUUUUAUUUCGUUUUGAUUUUUUUUUUUUUUUUCAUACACAUGUCUUUGCUACAUAUAAUAUGCCGAGUACAAACGAUAUGUGUAACGUGCCGAUUAUUCGUCCCUAUAUAUAUAUAUAUAUAUAUAGGUGUAGGUACAUGUGCAAUAAGCAUAUUAAUAUAUUAUUAUUGUUAUAUGCAUGAUAUGCAGUUCAAUAAUAUUAUAUAGGUUAUUUUAGCACUAUGGAAUAAAAAUGGUAGCGAGCAUGAUAAUAAUUUCAUCACGGUGGUAUACGAAAUAUCGCCCACACAUAUUAUAAUUUGUUAAACAUAUUGUAUUCUAUCCUUAUACAUAAUACUGCUGUAGCAAUGGUCUGUACAGGGCGUCAAUGACGGAGACCACUCAACGAUUAAUCAAACGAUCGCCCUUUCGACGACCCUUUAUCUUUUUCUUUCUUUCCCCAUUUAUUUUUUUUUCUAUGGGUGCGUUAAACGAUUUCACACGGGCUAAGUUUUCUGAAUAAGACACCUAUAAAAGUAAAUUAUAAACAGGAUACACACCAAAUCCGAAGAUAAUCGAACAAAAAUGUGGGUAGACUGCCCGAAGUGACAUUGUAAUACAAUACAAAUUCUUAUUUAUAAUAUGUAAAAUGCGGUGUGCAAAACCUCCAAAAUUAUAGUGCCUUUUAAACGCUUUAUUACAGUGAAUGCCUGAUUUCAUUGCCUUUUUUUUUUUAUGUAAAAUGUUCAUAACGACAGUUUAUGUCGAGAGUAAUAUAUAAUGUCAUGUUCAUAGGCAUAUUGUAACUUGUAAGUAUAAAAUGUCAAACAUGAUUUACUCAAGUUUCAUUCAUAACUAUUUAAUGAAAAUUUUACACGUAUGUACAUGUGCUUACCUAUGGUACAUGAUGUAAUGAAAUAAAUACAAAGUUUUUAGUUUAUAUAUGCGUAUGCUUUUUAAUACAAAGUUUUUGAUACAAUCAACAAGCACAGUGCUAAUACAAACUGUAUUUUAGUAAUUUAAGUAAAUAAAUAA